CAUUAGAUAAAUGGAUGAAUAAAUAAUGUGGGAAAAAACUGCGUAUGAUUUAGAGGAAUUGGAGAUUAUUAAGAUUUAGGAUUAUAGAAGCGACUAGAGAAAAUCUAGAAAUUAGAAAUUACCUAUUUUGUUAUCUAUAUUGAAAGAGAUUAAUAAUUCAUCAAACUUAUUUGAUUUAGCGAUUCGUUAUGAUAAAUAUAAAUCUAAGCUAUAAACAUCAUCUUAAAAAGAAGAACAAUAUAACGAAAUAAUGUGCUCAAUUUCAUUUUCAUAAACUAAAUCCAACAUUAAUCCUUAUUAAGAUGCGCAAAGAAAACAAACUCAAAUAGUUACUGAUUAAAAAAAUGGCUAAUUUAAAAAUAUUAUUAAUCUAUUAGAAGCAACAGAACUAAAUAUAAAAUCAGAUUUGAAUAAUAUAUAAUAAGAAAAUAAACAUUUAAAAAAAAAAAUAAGUACAUAUUUUGAUAGUUUAUGGACAUCAACAUCAAAUAGAAAUCCUCAAGUUAAUGAACUUAAUUACGGAUUAAAAGAUAGAUAAGAACAUUACUAAGAAAUUCAACUAUCUACUUUGCCUAUCUUAGAAAAGGAGAGAAGCUAAUUAGUAUGUUACAAAGAAAAUCAAGAAAAAUAAAUUUAAAAUCAAACUAGGGAUCUAGAGAAUUUUAAUUCUACUCAAGAGAAGUACUAAGACUAAUCAAAUUAUAUUUCUGAACUUAAAAAAGGUUACGAACUACUAGAAGAUUAAGUUGCCAGUAUUAAGGAGAGAGUAGAAAAACUUAAGUAAGCCUAAGAAGUGAUGCACUUAGAAACAAAAAUUGAACAAUUUUGUAGUCAAAUAUUGGUUAGGCAAAAUGAAGGGAGAAAGCAGAUUUUAGAAAGCUUAAAUGAUUUUCUAGAGAAAGCCAAAUUUCAAUUAAUGAGGAAGUAUAAGGAAAAAACAGCAAAAUCAUUUUUAUGCGAAGACAUGAUUGAAUAUGAAGAAUAAUCUUUAAGAUAGGAAAUGCAAGAAUUCUGUUUGAAUAAGAACGAACAAGAGACUAAAACUAAGGCUUAACAAAUAAAGCAAAUAUUUUCAGAGAAAAUUGUAUAAUAAAAAAUAAAAUAAUAAAGGCUAAUUGAGGAAAAUAAGGAUUUAUGUAAAAAAAUUUAAAUACUCAGCACUAAUCAAUUUUAAGAAAGGUGCAAAGAUUUAUAAGAGUAAAAAGAAAAACUCUAUGAAGAAAAUAACUAUAAAGAAAGCUAAAUUCAAGAAAUUUUGUAGAUCAACCAAGCAGGGUAGCUAAUGGUUGAGGAUUUAGAAAAAAAAAAAUAAAUAAUAGAAUAAUAAAAAUAAUAUUAUCAAUUAUCUAAAUUUGCUAGAAUAAAAAGCAAACUAAUGUCUUGA